AUGGCCGAACAAACCCAAAGUGCCUUCCAAAAGCAACCCAUCUUCCAAAACGCCAAAUCCAGAGGCGGAAAGAAGGUCACUGCCAGGACCAAGAGAUGGUACAAGGAUGUCGGUCUUGGUUUCAAGACUCCUACUGAGGCCAUCAACGGUACCUACAUCGACAAGAAAUGUCCUUUCACCGGUGAUGUUUCCAUCCGAGGAAGAAUCUUGACUGGUGUCGUCCACUCUACCAAGAUGACCAACACCAUCAUCAUCCGAAGAGAGUACUUGCACUUCAUCCCCAAAUACCGACGAUACGAGAAACGACACAAGAACCUUGCUGUCCACUGUUCUCCUGCUUUCCGAGUUGAGCAAGGUGACCAAGUUACCGUUGGUCAAUGCCGACCUCUCUCCAAAACCGUCCGAUUCAACGUCCUCCGAGUAUCCAAGAACAAGGCUGCUAAGGGUUUCGCCAAGUUCUAA